UCCAGCGGAUCCUGCUACUUCCUAUCAGAUCAAUCAACAAGACUUCCUGUCGGAGAGAUUAUGAGGAAUAGCUGUUUCACUCCCCACGGCAGUCCAACAGGAAGUGAAAAGACAUGGGGACUCUGCUAAUCACCAUGACAACCAUACAGCUGUGACUGACUGUGUGAGGCCCCUCCCUCUUUUUCUACACCCAAGCUAAACCCAUUCUCCCCUUUCUGAGGACAAUCUAGCUACGUCAGUCCAUCCCACACGCUCUUUCUCCUUUAAACUCAACCUCGCUUUCCCUUAUUUCAAUCCCACGUUUCCUCCAUCUUAACAAAACCUCCCUCUUCAUUCGUCCUCCUCCUCCUUCUCUUCCCUCCAUCAUCAUGCUCAGCAGGCUUCACACUCACUCCUCCUCUUCCUCUCCAUCUACCCCCACCCUCCUCAUCCUUCCCUCUCUCCUCCUCUUCCUCCACCUUUCGGGCCUGGUCUGGGGGGACUGCUGGCUGAUCGAGGGGGACAAGGGCUACGUGUGGCUAGCCAUCUGCAGCCAGAACCAGCCUCCAUAUGAGACCAUCCCCCAGCACAUCAAUAACACGGUCCACGACCUGAGGCUCAACGAGAACAAGCUCAAAAUGAUCCCCUAUACCUCCAUGUACCGCUUCACCAACCUCACGGACCUCAACCUCACCAAGAACGAGAUCUCCUACAUCGAGGACGGGGCCUUCGCUCAACAGGCCAACCUACAGGUUCUCCAGCUGGGCUACAACAAACUGACCAACCUGACAGAAGCCAUGAUGAGGGGCCUGGGCCGGCUGCAGUGCCUCUUCCUCCAGCACAACCUCAUUGAGGUCAUUGGCAAUAAUGCAUUGGAUGAGUGCCUCAGUCUCAACAGCAUUGACCUGUCGUCCAAUAAGCUGGCCCGCCUCGACCCCUCCACCUUUACCAUUUUGAAUCGCCUCAUGGUGUGUGAGCUGGCUGGGAACCCCUUCCAUUGUGGCUGUGACUUGUACAACUUCCUCACCUGGCUGGAGGCCUUCAAUAACGUCACACACACCUACGACCGGCUCCAGUGCGAGACCCCCAGGGAGAUGUUUGGCUACCCACUCCUGAGUCCCAUCGCUUCCGGCCACGCCGGGCACAACGCUCGGACGAUUCUGUCCUCUGUCUGCCGGGAUGGGGUCUUCAUCCCCGGGAUGACGUCUCUCCCGCCAGACUCAGAUUCCUCCGGAAUGGGCCCGGACAUGUUUGACCGCGUGGGUCCAUACCACCAACCCACCACCUCGUCUUCCUCCACGGAGCACAGCUUCAGCCCCAGCAUCAAGCUCCACCACGUGUCCCUCUUCACGGCCUCUAUCAUGGUCCAGAUCCCCAGACCUUACAGCAAGAUGUACAUCCUGGUGCAGUACAAUAACACCUUUGUCUCUGAUGUCAUGAACCUGAAGCUCAAGAAGGAGAUGAUCACACUGAACAAGCUCAAGCCACACACCAACUAUACCUUCUGCGUGGCCUCCAUCCGGACCUCCCAGCGCUACAACCACACCUGUCUCCAGUUCUCCACCCGAGCCCAGAACCCUGACGACAUGCCGCCAACACCUUCCACCACCACCCACUACAUAAUGACCAUCGUGGGCUGCCUCAUCGGGAUGCUCUGCAUCCUGGGCCUCAUCUACUAUUGUCUGAGGAAGAAGAGGAGGCAUGAGGAGAAGCAAAAGUCCAUCUGUGUGAAGAAGACGAUUCUAGAAAUGAGGUAUGGUCCGGAGGUGGCGGCGGCCGUGGGGAACGACCCGUCUGCGGUGCAGAAGCUCCAGGAGCAGGCCCAGGGUCAGGGCCACCACCAGUACCAGCACCACACGCACGGGGGCAAGCUACCAAUGUCUGCCUCCUCCUCAGGCAUGCUUCACUCCGCCAACACCUCUUCCUCCAGACUCUCCUCCAUCCCUCAGGAUAAGAUGCCCACCGCCUUCUCUGAGGCCAUGCUGACCAGCAAAGGCAACUACAUGGAUGUGAGGACGGAGGGGGUGAUGAGAGAUGGAGGGAUGGGAGGAGGACAGGGAGGGAUGAAGGAUGAGGAUCUAAGAGAAGAGGACGGGACGGACGUGGGGGAGGAUUCGGACGAUGACGGGCGAGGCUCGGCCUCAGAGAUCUCCACCAUCGCCAUGGAGGUGGAUAAGGUCAACCAGAUCAUCAAUAACUGCAUCGACGCCCUGAAGCUGGACUCUGUCAUGGCCGCCUCCUCCACUGCCUCUUCCGCCACCACCACCACCUCCUACCCCACCUCCCCUCCACCCACCUGCACCUCCUCCUUGACCCGUGGCCUCAUCCCUCUUUCCCCCGGCAUCACUGAGACCUGCCCGGGCCUGCCCUCCCCUACCACCAAGAUCCCCCCUCCACCGCCGCUCCCCUUCUCCGUCCCUCUCUCAGAGCGUCCAGGGAUCAGUGGCGGGGGGUUUGUGUCGCCGCCCUACCGGCCGCCUCCCCCUGCGUCCGCUGUGCGCCCCGUCGUGAGGCAGAUGAGCGCUGACGCUGCGGUGGUGAUCAGUGCCGUGAAGAAGCAGUGCAGCACCUCGUCCUGCAACUCCAUGGGACGUGACCGGGAACGAGGGACCGGAGGAGGAGGCCGGGUCUACAGCCUGGACAUCCACGAGCCCCGCAGCCCGGACCCCUGCCAGCAGUACCCAGGGGAGAGAGGCAGCCCCGCGGGGUGUGGAGAGCCCCUGGAGCGGCUGCCUCUGGUGGGGAGCGGCGGGGGAGGAGGUGGGGGUGGUGGGUGUGGUAGUGGAGGUGGUGGUGGUGGUGUUGAUGGUAUUACCAACCAGCAUCACCAGCACCACCAGCAGCAGCAGCAGCAGCAGGGGCAGGGACAGGAACAGCAGGAGGACUACCACUGCUCAGAGCACCGCCACUCCGUCCCAGCUCUGUACUACGAGGGCUCCCACCAGGGCUCGCCGCACCAGAGGGCCUCCUUCCUCAAGCCCCUGACCCGCUCCCGCCGUGACGCCGCCUCCUACUCACAGCUCUCGCCCUCCCGCCACCAAAACUACUCUGGGUACUCCUCCAGCCCUGAGUAUUCCUCUGAGAGCUCUCUGAGGAUCUGGGAGAGGUUCCGGCCCUACAGGAAGGGCCAGAGGGAUGAGUCAUGCUACGUCACGGCCGGGAACGCCUUAAGGAAGAAGGUGCAGUUUGCCAAAGGGGAGGACCUCCACGACAUCCUCGACUACUGGAAGGGCGUGUCAGCCCAGCAGAAGCUGUGAAAGGAAGACAGGAAGUGAGAGUGAGAUAUUGUGGGAAAUUGAGUUUUGAGUAAUGGGUCUCUUGUUGAUCCCGGUGAACUGCCAAUUUGAGAUACCAGCCGAAAGAAAAGAGAGAAAAUAAAAUGAAUGAGGGUGGUGAAAGAGUUAAGUUGAGUCUGACUCAUUUACAGUAGGUUUCAUUGAUCAGUGUCAAAACAUGUUAUCAUCAGCAGGACCAGAGCUGAGAGAGAUGACAGUACAGCAGGGUCAUUGUGGACUGUAGGACUACUUCUGGAACCUGCUCAUCGUCUUUACAGUUAUAAUUAGAGACAGGGAGCCCAGGCCAACCAUCCAAUCAGUAUUCAGUGAACACUUCAUGUGGAAUUCACCUGUUGGAGUGUCAUUCUCUGUGCCACACUUUCAUCUGUGUGUAGAGACCGGAAAUCAGAUGACGUAACGCCUGUUUGUUUCUGCAUUGAGUGUAUGCGUGUGUCAUCGAGUGUACUGUAUGUGUGUGUGUCAGUGUUUUUGUGUGUGUGUGUAUGAGUCAGUCUAAACUCCUACACAUGUUUUUGGGCGCAUGUAGGGCGCGGAGAUAAUGUCUGUGUUGGUGAGACAGAAACACAGUGAGAUAAUAUACAGAGAGAGAGAGAGAGAGAGAGAGAGAAUGAGAGAGAGAGAGAGAGAGAGAGAGAGAGAGAAUGAGAGAGAGAGAGAAUGAGAGAGAGAGAGAAUGAGAGAGAGAGAGAGAGAGAGAGAGAGAGAGAGAGAGAGAGCAAUACAAAGGGGGAAACAUGGUGAUUGUGAACAGAGCUGUCAAGCAGUCUCUCCCUCCUAUCCCUCAGAUCAUCCAUGCUAUUGGAUGGUGCACAAACAUUUGCAUUUCAAUAGUGGCUGUCACAGUCACAGCAAGCUGGGAGGAAUAAAAAGGAAAAACUGAAAACACUCAGGGAGGCUUUACGGUGUGACGAUGCAGGCUUUUGUUGUGUCUCAAAUGCCACCCUAUUCCCUAAACAGUGCACUACUUUUGACCAGGGCCUAUGGGGAAUAGGCUGCUCUUUGUGACACAGACGUUGGGUCUUCAGUCAGCCAUAGCACAGGACUAGCCAACCAGGCAGGCAGGGUAAUGCACUGUGAUACAGGCCAGACGUAACCUCCUGUGAAGAUAGGGAAUUGACACAGCAGUGUAAAACAGUAGCCCCGCCCCUGGAGCAGAGACAUGUCGCUAGGAGCUCCAGGGAGGAGGAUCAGGUAUCUGGUCCUACAUGUUGAUCUAUGAUCAGACAUUUAACCUGGACCCUGUGAAUGGGACUCAGAUUGUGAACAGCUGUAUUGUUGUUAUCGGUGUCUUGGGUAGCGGUCGUUGUGACUUACUAGGUUCUGUAGACAGAUAAAGAGAGAGAUGGAGAGACUGUAAAACACAGAGAUAAAAAAAGAGAGUAAGAAAAGAGAAGGGAGAGAGAUACAUUCUGCGUAUUGUGCAUAUUCAUGUCAGCAGAUGAAUGUGGGUCAACAGAGCUAAAAUACAGACAAUGUGCAUCAUUUGAUGUGAGCACUUUGUGUGCUGCUGGCAAUCCUUUUGUCGAGAUGAAUGUGGCUUAAAACGUCCAUGCCACGUUUAAUAAUGUGAUCAAAAAUGGAUCGUGGUCUUUAACUGGUGACCCACUUCACACAGGUUCACCCACACAGUUCCCCUGUACAGCAGUUCUAGCUCAAGAGAAUAAUACCCCUCUUAUUUCAUAACAACUGAAGGAGGGGCGGAGUGAGGAGGUACACCUUUAAUUAACACCAACACCUCUUUCUGGAUAUUAACACCAUGAGCGUCCACUUUAAUUAGACACACUAAUUAGCAAUUAAACAAUACUGUGUCAUGGGGAGGUUGUGUACGUGUGUGUGUGUGUGUGUGCACGCACGCUGGUGUGUGUGUGUGUAUAGGGUCGGUCAAUAUGCAGCAGUGGGUUGUGUGUAGAGUGCUUAAGCUAAUUGAAUUAGAUCUGCCUGCCUGGCUCGAGAGUUGAUUAGGAGUCUGUGAGAUUGGAAUAUUGACAGGCAACUGUGGAGAAAUGCAUAAACAAGGAGAGAACAGCUCAUAUCCAGCUACACACAGACACACACAGAGAGAGAGAGAGAGAGAGAGAGAGAGGGUACAUUCACCUACACACAGACACACACAGAGAGAGAGAGAGACAGAGAGCGAGAGAGAGAGAGGGUACAUUCACCUAGUCCACUUUAAUGCAUGACCCAGCUUUUAACCUUUUCAGUAGAGUGACCUGUGUGUAUUAAUCCUAUAGGAGGCAGUCUGUCAUUGUAACAGCUGGCUGCGUAUGAAGGACCAGUGUUGGGAAGUAGUGAACUACAUGUAGUCUAACUAGUAAUGUAACUACAUUUUGCAGUAACUUGAUGGUAGCUGAGUUCAAUUACAAUCUUAGUAGUGUUUUCAGAAGUUCUUUAUUUUUCUGAGGUCUGGCUAGCUACUGGAACUACACACUACUUUUUUUUUGCAAAAAGUAGGAAAAAAAAUGAUAUGGCAUCAGACCUGCCUAAUUCUCACUUGAGACAUAGUUUUUGUGUUUAAUAGGAUAAAUGACACAUUCUGUUAACAUCUAACUACAGAGCGAUCUGUUCUUGCUAUUUGUAUUCUAUGACAUUUCAAAUGUACAUAUCAUUUUUCAUGGAGUAGUUUGGAUGCAGUGAACUGCUUUUUAAAAGUAACUUUAGUUCAGUAAACUAUGAACUCUUUCUUAAGGGCAGCUUUAGUGUAGUUUAACUUCUUCCAGUGUGCAGUAAUUGGUAGCUUGGAAAGGUUUUCAGAGCAGCUUCCCCAACACUGUGAAGGACACACUGACAGGUAGGAGUCACACCUCUCUAGAGACAUGGGAAGCAGGGGAUAUACUGUGCUGUAGUCCCCCAGGUUAGAUGGACCCAUAUGAUUUACUAUGACUUACAGCAUUUUAGUGCAUUGAAUGAACUCUCCAGAGGUGAUGGAUUUGAUUUAAAAUAGGGGUUAAUGGGGUAUGUUUCUAUCAAUAGCAACAGUGUUGUAGUGUGAUGUAAGGUGGUAGCCAAGGAGAUACUUUUCAUAAGGAGAAAAUGUUCCGAAAGUGAAUUUCAGCCUCCCUCUCUCUCUUUCUCUUUCUUUCGCUUAUUCACCCUCUGUGUCCUCUUGUAUGAGUGUUCACUGUUCCACACUACACACACACACACACACACACACACACACACACACACACACACACACACACACACACACACACACACACACACACACACACACACACACACACACACACACACACGCCCCUAAGCGCCUGGGCCUAAUGGGAAUGUGGCUUCAGUGGUGUGUAGCGAUUGAACACGACAUCUCUGCAUGGGCUUCAGCAGAAUAACACCUGUCCCCCUUUAUCCAAGGAGAAAAGCUGGAAAUUACCUUCCUCUGAGAGUUGGAUUGUAUUAGCUCUCCUCCUGCACAAGAUUUGUUUCACUCCCUCCUUUUCCACUUUCUCUUCCUUUCUCUUUUUUCCCCAAAUAUUUUAUCUUGUUUCUCCUGCGCUUGUUUGUGAUGAAAUGAUGCAUGUUGAAUACAAACCAGUCUGUGGGUGAGAGUGGUUAAAAUGAGUAAAUGUUAUAUAAAUGUUACCUGGAUGUUACAAGGGGUGUUUUUUUUCGGUUCCCUCAGCUCUCUCUGUUUGAAGUAGUGUUGGGUUAUGAUUGGUUUAUCCUGCGAGACUGAUCCGAGGUCAAAGGUCAUAUUCCAUACAGAUCCAUAGUGCCGCCAUUUUGGUUUUCCAUUGGAACCGACAAGGUCCUGGAAGGAAAGAGUCACAAUGCCAGCUCUCUCAGUGAAAGAGGAGAGAGGAAAUCUCACUGGAUUUACACAACUCUUUCCAGACUCUCCAGUCUUCCUGAAGGAAACAGCUACAACAAACAAACAAUUAUGGGGAUUUAAAAGUACGAUACCCACUGAUCUCCUCUCUGAGACACUCCACCUGAAAACUCUACAGAGGAACUGCUAUGCUACCGGAGGCUAACUGUGACUGACUCUGCCCUUCACCAUUCACACACAGAGGGAUUCUCAAGGAACCUGGCGAGAACGUUUAAAAACACUCGGAAAGGUGACUUUUUUGUCAUUUUGGCUCCAAAUCCCUGAACUCCUAAUGUAAGUUUACAGACAUUGACACGUGUGAGAAAGUGUCCUGCCCCUUCAAAAAGACUCAGAUGGUUGACAAAGCUGUGAAAGGAUUUGUAUCUGUACAAACCAGAGCCCAGACAUACAACCAUUACAACUGCCACCAUUUUGAGUGUGUUUGAAGUACAAUGUAACAAAAAAAGAUGUUUGGUUUGGUUGUUUCAUACUACAGUUUCAUACGUUUCAGAUGUUUUUAUGACUCAAUUUGCCAUUGGUUUGUUUUCUAUUCUAAAUUGUCAACUGUUUGACUCAAUUUGCCAUUGAUGAGUUAUUCUAUCUAAAUAGGAUGUAUGAAUCCCUAGGAGGAGUAAGACUGAAGCUCAUUCAACUGCUCUCCUGCUCAAGGACCUGCCUCGAUCAUCACACAUCGUUUCCACAACAUUCCCAGAGUGCUUCUGUCACGUCAUAGCAGCGUUUGCCCAUUUGUUAAAUGGUCCUUUAGCCAAAUACAGUGGCAAUUCUAUUUGUAUUUUGUAAUAAUAAAGAAUAACCCAGUGGGGGCUCUUCUCUCG